AUGGCGCCCAUCGCCAUCUCCCCCGAGCGGGAUGCCGGUCCCUUGAACACGCUGACCACCGACUUUGACGAUACCAUCCGCUUCUACCUGAACGGCACUCGCGUCGUACUCGACGAAAUUGACCCCGAAGUCACCCUGCUGGAGUACUUGCGAGGCAUCGGCCUGACGGGGACCAAACUUGGAUGUGGCGAAGGCGGCUGCGGCGCCUGCACCGUCGUCAUCUCUCAGUUCAACCCGACGACGAAGCAAAUCUACCACGCGAGUGUCAACGCUUGCCUGGCUCCGCUGGCCAGCGUCGAUGGCAAGCAUGUCAUCACCAUCGAGGGCAUCGGCAACACGAAGGCGCCACAUCCCGCCCAGGAACGUGUGGCAAAGAGCAACGGGAGCCAGUGCGGAUUUUGUACCCCGGGCAUCGUCAUGAGCCUGUACGCCCUUCUGCGCAACAACCAGGCGCCGUCCGAGGAGGAUAUCGAGGAGGCUUUUGAUGGCAACCUCUGCAGAUGUACGGGAUACAAGCCCAUCCUGGAAGCUGCCCAGACGUUCAGCGUCGAGAGGGGGUGCGGCAAGGCGUGGACGAACGGUGGGUCGGGAUGUUGCAUGGACAAUGCCGACGGCGAGAAGAAGACUGGCGGGUGCUGUAUGGACAAGGCCAAGCUCAACGACCAGCCCAUCAAGAGGUUCACGCCGCCAGGUUUCAUCGAGUACAACCCCGAUACCGAGUUAAUCUUCCCCCCGGCGUUGAAGAAGCAUGAAAUGAAGCCGCUGGCGUUCGGCAACAAGCGAAAGAAGUGGUACAGACCAGUCACCCUCGAGCAGCUGCUCGACAUCAAGAGUGUCUACCCAUCCGCCAAGAUCAUCGGCGGCAGCACCGAGACCCAGAUCGAAAUCAAGUUCAAAGCACAACAGUACCCCGUCUCCGUCUUUGUGGGAGAUAUUGCAGAGCUGCGACAGUACGAGUUCAAGGACGACCAUUUGGAGAUUGGCGGGAACGUGGUGCUGACAGACCUGGAGCACAUCAGCAAAGAGGCUACGCGUCACUACGGGGAUGCCCGGGGCCAAGUCUUCGAGGGCAUCUACAAGCAGUUGAAGUAUUUCGCCGGAAGGCAAAUCCGCAACGUCGGCACGCCAGCUGGCAAUCUCGCCACGGCGUCGCCAAUUUCGGAUUUGAAUCCCGUUCUUUGGGCGGCCGACGCCGUUUUGGUGGCCAAGUCUCGAGGCCAGGAGACGGAGAUCCCCAUGUCACAGUUCUUUACCGGCUACCGAAGGACGGCGCUUCCGCAGGAUGCCAUCAUCGCCUCCAUCAGAAUACCCGUGACGGCCGCCAAGAACGAAUUCUUCAGAGCCUACAAGCAGGCCAAAAGGAAAGACGACGACAUCGCCAUCGUCACCGGUGCUUUGCGAGUCAAGGUGGACGAUGACGGUGUCGUUACGGAGUGCAACCUCGUUUACGGUGGCAUGGCCGCCAUGACUGUGGCCGCCAAGAACACCAUGGAUUACCUGGUGGGCAAGCGCAUCGCCGAGCUCGAGACUCUUGAAGGAGCAAUGAACGCCCUCGGCACCGACUUUGACUUGCCAUUCAGCGUUCCUGGAGGCAUGGCCUCGUACCGGAAAGCACUGGCAUUCAGCUUCUUCUACCGCUUCUACCACGAUGUAAUCACCAACCUAGGCGGACAGAGCCAGCACGUCGAUAUCGAAGCAAUCGACGAACUCGAGCGAGGUAUCUCGGGAGGGACAGAAGAUCACGGCGCGGCUGCUGCAUAUGAACAGGAGACCGUCGGCAAGUCUAAGAGCCAUGUUGCCGCAUUGAAGCAGGUCACCGGCGAGGCGCAGUACAUCGACGACCUCCCCGUCCUGAAGAAUGAGCUGCACGGUUGCUUCGUGCUGUCCACAAAGGCCCACGCGAAGAUCAAGUCGAUCGACUACUCGCCGGCUCUAGACAUGCCGGGUGUCGUCGACUACAUUGACAAGGACGAUGUCGACACGCCCGAGCAGAACCGCUGGGGCGCGCCUCAUUUCGACGAGCUCUUCUUUGCCGAGGGCGAGGUGUUCACCGCCGGUCAGCCAAUUGCCAUGAUACUCGCCACUUCGGCGUCGAAGGCCGCCGAGGCCGCACGCGCGGUCAAGGUCGAAUACGAGGAGCUGCCGUCGAUCCUUACCAUCGAAGAAGCCAUCGAGAAAGACAGCUUCCAUAACUACUACCGAGAGCUCAAGAACGGAGACACCGAAGAGGCGUUCAAGAACUGCGAUUACGUGUUCACUGGAACGGCGCGGAUGGGUGGACAGGAGCACUUUUAUCUCGAAACGCAGGCUUCGUUGGUCAUUCCCAAGCUUGAAGACGGAGAGAUGGAGGUGUUUUCCAGUACCCAGAACGCCAACGAGACUCAAGUGUUUGUCGCCCGCAUGACUGGCGUCCAAGCCAACAAGGUUGUCGUCCGCGUCAAGAGGCUUGGCGGUGGCUUUGGCGGCAAGGAGACGAGGUCGAUCCAGCUCAGCGCCCCACUCGCACUUGCGGCGAAGAAGACAAAACGGCCCUGCCGUUACAUGCUGACGAGGGAAGAGGACAUGGUCACGUCGGGCCAGCGUCAUCCGUUCCUGGGAAGAUGGAAGGUCGGCGUGAACAAGGACGGCAAGAUCCAAGCGCUGGACCUCGACGUCUUCAACAAUGCCGGCUGGACCUUCGACCUCAGCGCGGCUGUUUGUGAGCGAGCGAUAUCGCACUCAGACGGCUGCUAUAAGAUCCCGAACGUCUUCAUCCGUGGACGCCUGUGCAAAACCAACACUAUGUCAAACACGGCAUUCCGAGGUUUCGGCGGUCCUCAGGGCAUGUUCAUUGCGGAGACGUACAUGGAGGAGGUCGCAGACCGGCUGGGCAUGCCAGUGGAGAAGUUCCGCGAGAUCAACUUCUACAAGCCACUAGAACCGACACAUUUCAACCAGCCCCUGACGGACUGGCACGUCCCGUUGAUGUACGAGCAGGUCCAGAAGGAAGCCAACUACGAGGUGCGACGGGAGCUCGUCAAGCGCUUCAACGAUGGGAACAAGUGGCGCAAGCGCGGCCUGUCCAUUAUCCCGACAAAGUUCGGCAUCUCGUUCACGGCCCUGUUCCUCAACCAGGCGGGUGCCCUGGUGCACAUCUACCACGACGGGUCCGUUCUCGUGGCGCACGGCGGGACGGAGAUGGGCCAGGGCCUGCACACCAAGAUGACGCAGAUCGCCGCCCAGGCUCUCGGGGUACCGCUGGAUAAUGUCUUCAUAUCCGAGACGGCGACCAACACGGUGGCCAACGCCUCGGCAACAGCGGCAUCCGCCUCAUCGGACCUCAACGGAUAUGCCAUCCACAACGCAUGUGCGCAGCUAAACGAGCGUUUGGCGCCGUACCGCGAGAAGCUCGGGCCGAAGGCGACGAUGAAGGAUCUGGCACAUGCCGCGUACUUCGACCGCGUGAACCUAUCGGCGCAAGGCUUCUACAAGACACCGGAGAUCGGCUACAGCUGGGACGAGAACCGUGGCAAAAUGUUCUUCUACUUCACGCAGGGCGUCACGGCGGCCGAGGUGGAGAUGGACACGCUGACGGGGACGUGGACUUGCAUCCGCGCGGACAUCAAGAUGGACGUCGGGCAAUCUAUCAAUCCGGCGCUCGAUUACGGGCAGAUCCAGGGCGCCUUCGUGCAGGGCCUCGGGCUCUUCACGAUGGAGGAGUCGCUCUGGCUCCGCAACGGGCCGAUGGCGGGCAACCUCUUCACGCGGGGGCCAGGGGCGUACAAGAUCCCCGGGUUCCGGGACAUACCGCAGGAGUUCAACGUGACGCUCCUCAAGGACGUGGAGUGGAAGGAGCUGCGGACGAUCCAGCGGUCGAGGGGCGUGGGCGAGCCGCCGCUGUUCAUGGGCAGCGCCGUCUUCUUUGCCAUCCGCGACGCGCUUAAGGCGUCUCGGCGGCAGUACGGGGUGGAGGCGACGAUCGGGGAGGACCGGGUGGGUGACGGGCUGCUCAGGCUCGAGAGCCCGGCAACGCCCGAGCGGAUUCGGCUCAGCUGCGAGGACCCGAUUAUGAGAAAGGCAAGGGUGCUGCCGAAGGAGGGGGAGAAGAGCUUUUUUGUAGCCAUUUAG